UUUUAGCUCACUCUCUUUCAAACUAAGCUUGCACCUCAUUUUCUCUCUUUCCUUUUUUUCUUCUUCUUCUUCUUCUUCUUCACUGUAACUUUGCAUCUUCUAUAAUUAAGCUCUUGUGACUCAUGUCAGGAGGAGAGAAGAGAGAGUUAUAUGGGUAUCAUCACUUCAACGAUGAGCUCUCAUCGUUCUUUGGACAGAGAUCGGAAAGCAUGGGUGGCACUGCAGGCAUGCUUGAUCUGCAAAACGGAGAGCCUCCGGCUGCUUUGAUGAGUUUCAAUGAGUUUUUUCAUGGUCCUGCUUACUAUAAUGCCUUGACGAGAGCUUUCGAUGUGUCGAGCUCACCGGAGGAAGGGUUGGGAGUGAGUGAAGGGGGGAAGACGAUGAGAGAUGUGGAAGUGGAGAGUAAUAUUGGUGGUGGUGUGACACCGGUGACACCGAACUCAUCGGUUUCUUUAUCGUCGACGGAGGCUGCUGGGGAGGAGGAUUCAGGAAGGUGCAAGAAGGAUCUCCAAUUAGGGGAGGAGAAGGUGGAAGAGAAAGGAGCUGAGAAUGAUGCUGAAAAGUCUAAGAAACUGAACAAGCCAAGGAAGAAAGGGGAGAAAAGACAAAGAGAACCACGCUUCGCUUUCAUGACGAAAAGCGAAGUCGAUCAUCUUGAAGAUGGAUAUAGAUGGAGAAAAUACGGCCAAAAGGCGGUCAAGAACAGCCCUUAUCCAAGGAGCUAUUAUCGAUGUACAACACAGAAAUGCACGGUGAAGAAGAGGGUUGAGAGAUCAUACCAAGACCCGACGAUCGUGAUCACCACGUAUGAAGGGCAACAUACUCAUCAAAGCCCGGCAACACUUCGAGGAAACUCCCACAUCUUGGCUUCAUCUUCUUCAUCGAUUGUGCCACCGGGUUUUCCUCAACAACUCUUGAUGCAUCAAAUGCCUUCACUAAACAUUAACCAUCAUCAUCAACAACAAAUGGAUGCAAACCCUAGCAUGUUCUUACAAAGCUUACAAACUCCACGUCAUCAACAGUUUCAGAUCCCUGAUAAUUAUGGUCUUCUUCAAGAUAUCAUUCCCACCCUCAUUCAUAACAAUCAUCCAUGAAAUAUAUAUAUAUACUACUUACUCUAGCUCCCCUUUUGUAUCUCUAUCUAGAAAUUAAGAACUAUAUAUGUCUCUUGUUGUACAUGCACUUAUCAAUCCUCCUAGUAUGGUUAUAGAUGGAACAAUGAAUUCAUGACUCUUGACUUGUUGAAAUGAGGAUAUUUUUUGCU